CAACAACUAGCCAAAGUCGUGAGCGUUUUCCUUUGCUGUCAUUUCGACGGGAGUUUAUUUAUUGCCCACUUAGAAUAAUACACUGUCAUCCUAAAAUCACAUUGCCAAAUCCCUCGUAAUGGAGAAAAAUCCCAAAGAGCCCGAGCCAGGGGUUCUGGCUCAGAGCUCCUCGCUGAAUGUCUUUCACGACGAAUCCCCCUUGCCGCAGCGAAACGUCAAAACAAUGUUUGCCAGCGGAGAAUGUUCCCCCCAGUUGCUUGGAGAAGAUUUUUUACGUGCUCUCGCUGAUUGCGAUUGCCCUUCUGUUGCCCUGGUCCCUGCUGUGCUGCCUUCGGGUCUUGAACGAGUUUCAACGCGGAGUGGUGUUGCGACUGGGUCGCUUGCGUCCCAAGCCGCCCUGCGGACCCGGCGUCAUCUUCCUAGUUCCCUGCAUCGACCAACUGCGCAUAGUGGACAUACGCACCAGUUCGUUCAGCUUGGAACGGCAGGAGAUCCUAACGCGGGACAUGGUUACGAUCAGCAUUGACGGAGUGGUGUACUUUAGCAUUAAGAGCCCGUACGACGCCAUAAUGCAGGUGGCGGAUGCCCAGGACGCCGUUGAAAAGCUGUCCAUGACCACGCUGCGUAAUGUGGCCGGCACGCACAAGCUAAUGGAUCUGCUGGCCUCCAAGGAGUACCUGUCCAGCCAAAUCGAGGCCAUUCUCUACACCACCACGGAGGCGUGGGGUGUGCGUGUGGAGCGCGUGGAAAUCAAGGAAAUCUUCAUGCCGGAGCAGCUUAAACGGGCCCUGGCCGUGGAACAGGAGGCGAUGCGAGAGGCCAAGGCCAAGGUGGCCGCUGCCCAGGGCGAGCGGGAUGCUGUUACGGCACUCAAGGAGGCGGCAGACAUCAUGGAGACCAAUCCGAUUGCCCUGCAACUGCGCUACCUGCAAACCCUGAACACCAUAUGCAACGAACAGACCAGAUCCUAUGUCUUCCCCUUUCCCGUGGACAUUGUGAAGAGGAUGAUGAAGUGACCCUCAUUUUUUGUAUUAAAUAGCUUUACAUAGGAGAUAAGCGUGCCACCACUAGUCCAUCCUCUAACUCCAGGAAUGCUUUAUGCCACAAAAGACCUCUUUUUUAGAGAGUAAUUAAGAUUGGUCAAUUAAAUUUAAAAACUAGGUUUAGUGCCAGGACAGCCAAAGUAUGUGCUCAUUAGAAAAUACUCACCUAGCUAACUUUUAUUUCUUAAUGAAAUAUAAAUUAAUUAUAAAUACAGCUUUAUUUUAUUCAAGU